AUGGCUGGGGUGCGAAUGCCAGAACUACCUCCUGCGACAGCCGGCGUGGGCAGAGCGCCCCAGUGGCCCCCCCGCAAUGGCAGCGAGGCUGAAGGCAGAGGCUGGGGGGGCUCCCCGGAGCGGGACCCAGCGAGCGGAGCCCCCCCGGGGACCCCGAGCAAUGGCACCAGCCCCGGGGGGGCCCCGUCGGCCGGCGACACCCCGCUGGGACCCCAGCUAGAGCCCCCCGGGGGGGGCACGGCCUCCACCACGGACCCGGCCGGGCGCCUCGCAGGGUGCCCGGGGUGUGCCGGGGAGGGCGACGCCAGCGCUCUGCCCCCCACGCCCGGCUCGGCGGAGGACAGCGAGGCGGCCACCGGUGUCACCUGGCCCGGCGACGGCGGCGCGGUGGCGGUGGCCAUCGGCAGCCCCGAGGAGGCCGGCAGCGGCGAGCAGCCCACGCGGGCCUCGCUGCACGGAGCCGGGUUCCUGGGGGGGCUCACGGCCGCCCCGCCGAGCCUCCCCGGCCUCCCCAGCCCCGGCCUCCCCAGCCCGGGGCUCGGCACCGAUUCGGCCGAAUCCGACCUGCUGAUGGCGGCUGGGGGCUCGGCCGCGGUGCAGCCCCCGGUGCCGGGGGACUCGGGGCAGGAGCUCUGGCUGGCCUCAUCCAGCCCGGCCCCGGCGCAGGGGGCUCGUGGCCGCACGGACCGGACCUGGCUGGACGUGCAGGAGCCCGUCACCGCCACGCCGGGCACGGCCGAGCCGCCGGCGCCCGAGAUCAUCGACGUCGACUACUACGACCUGUUCGAGGGCGGCGAGGGGCUGGGGGGCGGCCGGGGGGCGGCCGGCUCGGCGAGGCGGGAGCCGGGCGGCGGGGCCACGCCGUGGGCCCUCCACGAGCUGUACGACGACUUCACGCCCUUCGACGAGUCCGAUUUCUACCCCACCACCUCCUUCUACGCCGAGGGGGAUGAGGAGGAGGAAGAGGAGGACGAGCUGGAAGAGGAGGAUGAGGAGGACGAGGAGGAAGACGGGGGCCUGGAGGACGAGAACGGCUACCGGCCGCCCGCCUCGGCCGUGCCCCGCGUCCCACCAGCACCGCGGGGACCCCGACCCAGCGCCCGGCCGCCAAAGCCCCCCGGUGCCGCGGGGGGCAGCCCCCCAGCACCGCCGCGGCCCGGGGAGCGCCUGGUGCCGGAGAACGGCACCGAGUGCCGGAGCGGCUUCGUGCGGCACAACGGCUCCUGCCGCUCCGUCUGCGACCUCGUCCCCAGCUACUGCCACAACGGCGGCCAGUGCUACCUGGUGGAGGGCCUCGGGGCUUUCUGCAGGUGCAACACGCAGGACUACACGUGGCACAAGGGGACGCGCUGCGAGUCCAUCGUCACCGACUUCCAGGUGCUGUGCGUGGCCGUGGGCUCGGCCGCCCUGGUGCUGCUGCUGCUCUUCAUGCUGACCGUCUGCUUCGCCAAGAAGCUCUACCUGCUCAAGACGGAGAACAGCAAACUGCGCAAGACCAAAUACCGCACCCCGUCCGAGCUGCACAACGACAACUUCUCCCUCUCCACCAUCGCCGAGGGCUCCCACCCAAACGACGACCCCAACGCCCCCCACAAGCUGCAGGACUCCCUCAAGUCCUGCCUGAAGGACGAGGAGCCGCCGAGCAUCCACAGCGCGGCGCCGGCCCCGCAGGAGGGCGGCAAGGGGGAGCCGGGGGGCUGCGGGGUGCCCUGCCUGCACAACAACCUGGCGUAGGGCGCGGGGGGGCCCGCUGCCCGCCUCCGUGUCCCCCCCCCCCUCCUGCCCGUGGCAUGCUUUGGUGU